UAUGGGUGCAAAAUGGGGAUUAGAAACUAAAUCUAGACCAUAGCCUACAGUAGGCCUACAAUCUAGACUUGCUCUGCAAAUUGUGUCUACCACAACCUGCAUCUUUGUAACCAACAACUGGAUACCAAAAGGAACAGGGCUCCGCUGUAGAAUCUCUGCUUGAUACAUUACAUAGAUACAUUACCAACAAUCAUUUCGGAGGCAGUGCGCAUGUGUGAGUUGACAGGGUUAACAGCCUGCAAAACACACUCUCGUAGAAUAUUUUUGCAGGGUAUAGAGAAGACUAAAAUCGUCAUGGAUGAUCCAUGGAUGGAGUGUAUGGACCACUGCAUUGCUGUCACAAAAGAGGCUGGGAAGAUGAUCCGUGAGGCGUUGCAAAAGGACAUCUCCAUCAUGCAGAAGAGUUCUCCUGUCGAUCUUGUCACAGAGACAGAUCAGAAGGUGGAAACUCUGAUAAUAUCAUCUAUUAAAAAGAAGUACCCGGACCACAGCUUCAUAGGAGAGGAGUCUGUUGCUGCAGGGGCACCCAGUAUUCUGACCGACAAUCCUACUUGGAUCAUUGACCCCAUCGAUGGAACAACCAACUUUGUUCACAGGUUUCCUUUUGUCUCUGUAUCAGUUGGUUUCACAGUGAACAAAGAGAUAGAAUUUGGAGUGGUCUACAGCUGUAUUGAGGAGAAGAUGUACACGGCUCGCAAAGGAAAAGGAGCAUUCUGCAAUGGACUCCCCAUCAAAGUGUCUGGCCAGGAAGAUAUCACCAAGUCCCUGGUGCUAACAGAAAUGGGCUUCAAAUCAGAUGCACAGAACUUUAGAACAAUGAUGACCAACAUGGAGUCUAUCCUCUCAAUCCCUGUGCAUGGGAUUCGGGCCCCAGGCAGUGCUGCUGUGAACAUGUGUUUGGUGGCAUGUGGAGCAGCGGAUGCCUACUAUCACAUUGGCAUCCAUUGCUGGGACAUGGCAGGGGGCGCAGCCAUCAUCAGAGAGGCAGGGGGAGUAAUCAUGGAUAUCACAGGAGGACCGUUUGACCUGAUGUCACGAAGGUUGAUCACAGCCAGCAGUAAGGCCAUAGCAGAGCACAUCUCUCAGAAAAUACAGCUAUUCCCAUGUGGAAGAGAUGACACAGAAAACUAGUACCCCCCCCCCCCCCCCCACACACACACACACACACACACACACACACACAUACACACACAUACACAUAUAAAGUAGGUCUAAUUUGAAUGAUGGCCAAAGUCUUAAGUCAAACUAGAGCUAAUUUAAGAGCUAAGCUACAGUACAUCAGAAUGUAACAACAUGGGCAGGACCUUAACAGCAAACAUUGCACUCAAUCAGCUGAAUGCCCUCACAUGCCACAUAGUUAUAGCUUAUGCUCGAGAGCUUUGCUUGUUGAUAGACUUUGCAAUUUGCCCACCGUUUAAAUUAGGGCCUAGUAUUUUGAAGUGCAAGGAAGUGUGCAUUUCCCUUGAUAAAGCCAUGUCUUGUUAGCCUUAACUGAAUUUCCAUAGUCUGAAGUGAACUAGCAGAUAAUGACUGUGUAAGACUGACACACAGUUGUAGGACUGUUGUCUUGUUUCUGAGUAUAUUGACUGCAAGAUAUGUUAGAACAAGUGGGAGACCUAAUCCAACAAGUCAAUUUAGCGCGGUUAAGUUCAAUUUUUAUCUUCCAUGUUCUUAUGUGCAGGCUAAGACAUUCUUAAAUGUUUACCUUCAGACGUUUCAACUGUUAGGGUGUCAUGACAAAUGUGUCACUGUAGAUCAUUUGUUUUUGUAAUUAUGCUGUAUCAAAAAUCACACUCCGAGUUUAUACCUCAUCAUUCUAGUUUGUAUAUGUGAUUAUGAAGCACUUUGUUGCACAGUAUCAUGAUGAAGUAAACCUUGUUUUAACUUGGUAUUGUUAUUGUUGGGGAUGUUUUGAUUACUGCUUACCAUGUCCUUUGUUGUGUUGCCAAAAUUAUAUUAAAGUCCCUUAAAGUUGCUUUAUUUAA